AUGUCCGACAAUCCUCCCGCAUCCGAGCGGUACAGAGUCUUCACACCAGAGUUCGACACAGCAGCCCCCGAUCCUCUGGACCCUGCGAAGCGAUACCACACAGGUGUCUUCAUUCAAACAGACCCGGAUAUUUUCGAAGGAGAUCUAUUUCAUGUCACCGGCGACAUCAUCGCCGCAAAGGGCAUGUACUUCGAUGUGAAAGAAAGCUAUACUCCUGGAGCGUCCGCGCAUUUUCACAGAACCACAGAGAUUGGAUGGAUUUACAAAGUCGAUUUUCCGAGAAUAAGGGGUAUCUUAGAAGCCUUGCCCACACCGACCAAGCAGCAGGGGAUUGACUUUUGGAGCCAUGAUCCAAGCAAGCGGAAUAAGAUCACUUGGACGAAGGAGAAUGGGGAGCUUUACGGGCCAGGCGAACAACGACGGCCAAUCAUAAAGUGCAAUGAAUGGACACAUCAGAUUGCGAUUCCGAAGUUGCGACAGGAAGGCAUUUUACAUAGCUAA